AAAAUGUGCCCGGGGGGGGGGACGGGGAGAAAGUAAAGUCAGAUUUUUUUCCCUUUGCUAUCUGUGUUUUCCCCUCGUAUAUGCUUUUCUUGGUGGUAGUCCUAAUGAAUUGACUGGUUUCCACUGCCUUUUAGGCAAGUGAUUGCAGGCCAAUGGAUUCUACGGGAGUCAAUUCACAGCGCAGAACAUUUUCAAUCAAACUAUGGCCUCCUAGUCAGAACACUAGACAGAUGCUUGUGGAGCGGAUGACCAACAAUCUUACUGCUAAAUCUAUUUUCACACAAAAAUAUGGAACUCUGAACAAGGAAGAGGCUGAAGAGAAUGCAAAAAAAAUUGAGGAUAUGGCUUUUGCCGUAGCUGACCUACAUUAUGAGAAGGAGCCAGAUGGUGAUGGAGGUUCUGCUGUCCAGCUUUAUGCCAAAGAAUGUAGUAAGCUUAUCCUGGAUGUUCUUAAAAAAGGACCUGGUAAUAAGGAUAACAAAGAAGCAAUGAUUUCUGAUAAUGUAGAUGCACCUAGUGAAUCUGUGAAUGGAGAUGCACCUGGUGAAUCUGUGAGUGUAGAUGCACCUCGUGAAUCUGUGACUGGAGAUGCACCGGGUGAAUCUGUGAAUGUGGAUGCACCUUGUGACUCUGUGGAUGUAGUUGCACCAAGUGAAUCUGUGGAUGUAGUUGCAUCAAGUGAAUCUGUGUUUGAUAUAUCUAAAGGAAUUCGUGCCUUUAUUGAAGACGAGGAGGCUCAGGAACUCUUAAAGCCCUUGAAGGAACCAGGAAAUUCUUUCAGUAAAAUAUGUUUUAGCAACAGAAGUUUUGGGUUAGGAGCUGCAAAAGUUGUUGAGCCUAUUCUCGUUUCUGUGAAGGACCAGUUGAAAGAAGUAGAUCUAUCAGAUUUUAUUGCUGGAAGAUCUGAGGAAGAAGCUCUUGAAGUCAUGAAAAUAUUUUCAGCUGCUCUGGAGGGUAGUUUGUUGAAUUAUUUAAACCUCUCUGAGAAUGCCUUGGGUGAGAAAGGUGUCAGGGCUUUUGGAGCACUUCUGAAAUCACAAACCUGCCUUGAGGAACUUUAUUUGAUAAAUGAUGGCAUUUCAGAGGAUGCUGCUCGAGCAGUUAAUGAAUUGAUUCCCUCCACAGAGAAGCUUAGGGUUCUUCAUUUUCACAACAAUAUGACUGGAGAUGAAGGAGCAUUGGCUAUAGCUGAGAUCGUAAAGCGUUCUCCUUCAUUGCAGAACUUUCGUUGCUCCUCUACAAGGAUAGGCUGUGAAGGUGGAGUUGCCUUGUGCAAUUCUCUAGGUAGUUGUGCCCAUCUGAGGAAGCUUGAUUUGCGAGACAACAUGUUUGGUGUAGACGGCGGCAUUUCUCUGAGUAAAGCUCUUACCAAUCAUGCUGAAUUGAGAGAGGUGUACCUGAGCUACCUAAACUUGGAAGAUGAGGGUGCAAUUGCCAUAGUUAAUGCUCUUAAGGACUCAGCCCCACACCUUGAAGUUCUGGAGAUGAAUGGAAAUGACAUAACAGUCAAAGCUGCUCCUGCAAUAGUGGCGUGCGUAGAGGCAAAGCAGUUCCUUGCCAACUUGAUCCUGGCUGAGAAUGAACUGAAAGACGAAGGUGCCAUCCAGUUAAGCAAGGCAAUAGAAUGUCAUGUCCACUUGAAGGAAAUUGAUCUUAGCUCCAAUAAAAUAAGAAGGGCAGGUGCUCGUCAAUUGGCUCAGAUUGUGAUGCAGAAGACUGAUUUUAAGUUGCUGAACAUUAACGGAAAUGAAAUUUCUGAGGAAGGUAUUGAUGAGGUGAAGGAUUUGUUCAAGAAAUGUCCUGAGAAGCUUGGUCCUUUGGAUGAUAAUGAACCUGAAGGAAUUGAUGACGACGAUGACGAAGAAGAAUGUGACGAAGAAGACAAUGAGAAUGAACUGGAACCAAAAAUGAAGAACCUUGAAGUUAAUUAAGAGCCGAGUACUGAUCUAGUUGAUUCAAGUGGUCCAGCAUUAGGUUCUGCUAUCCAUGUAACUUAGAGGGUACUAUUGCAUUGUACCAUUUUGUCCCGACUGUAGUUAGUAGAACUCUUAGGAUGCAAUUAUUGAGAUAGCGAUUAGUGAUUUGAUGUUAGGAGGUGUUUGUAGUUUAGGCGUGGUCGUUCUAAUGGCCAUCUGUCUGCUUUCUUUUUCUCUUGAUGUGGUAGUAUUUGCAGCUGGAACUACUUUAAGUUAUUAGUGUAAUAACUUAUUAUAAUCAAUUCUGUUUGAUCAA